AGGAAGAGCAAACGUUAGUGGUGGGUUUGGGUUGGGGGUUGCGGGGGCCUCCCAGGUGUAGCUAGGUGCUAAGGACUGGCUAGGAUGAAGCAACGGUGUGUGGUAGUAGUGGUGAUGUUGCUGGUGGUUAGUGCGUUCGGGCUGACGUUGAUGGUUUCAGCCACCGGUGACCUUGAUAGCGCACUGGAUGUAACCAUCGCUACUACACUCCCGGAACAGGCUGAGCAGGAGCAGGAGGAGGAAGAGGAGAAAGGUGACGAGUGGGGGAAUGCGACAGACGGAACACCUGCAGAUGUGGCACUACCACCAUCGUCGUCAACCCCUCGACCGACAUCCGGUGAUGGUGGUGGUGGUGGUGGUGGUGAUAAUACCGGACGGCUGGCGCUAGUAAGCGCCCGUUUCCGGCAGCACAUAGACGAGCUGCGACGUGCCGGGGAUCGGCUCGAUAUCGUCUUCCUGGUCGAUGCGAGCUCGAGUGUCGGUUCGGCCAACUUCGCCAGCGAGCUGCGCUUCGUGAAGAAGCUGCUGGCUGCCGAUUUCGAUGUGCGCCUCAACCGGACGCGGGUCGCCCUCGUGACGUUUAGCUCGCGGCGUAAGGUGGUCCGCCAUGUCGAUCAGAUCUCCCGCCCCGAUCCGGCCAACGACAAGUGUGGCCUGCUGCAGGAUGCGCUGCCAGCGGUCAGUUAUAGUGGUGGCGGCACCUACACGUACGGUGCGCUCCGGGAGGCGGAAGCGAUCCUGGCCGGAAAUCCGGAUCCGGACGCCGGCAUCGAUGCCACUCCGACGCGCACCGUCUUUCUCGUUACCGAUGGUUACUCGAACGGGCGCAACCCGGUACCGGUGGCUGCCCGCCUGAAGGCGGCCGGUGUCCACAUCUUUGCCCUCGCCAUCGAAACCGGCAACGGCGAUGAGCUGACCGCGCUGGUGUCGGCCGAACCGUACCUUUACCUGCUACGCAGCUACGACCAGUUCGAGGAGCUCGUACGGCAAGCGCUACACCUUGACUACCGUCCUGGGCCGUCCCAUCCGGUCACGAAUCGGUCGCUGUGUGAUCGGCUCUGCAAUCAGAUGCCCUCGCUCCCCGACGCUGCUGGCUGCUGCGAUCAGCGUGCCAGCUGUAGCUGCGGCACCACGUCCGGCCACUACCAGUGUACCUGCGAGCCGGGCUACGGUGGUACUGGGUUGCGUGGUGACUGUCAACCGUGUGCGAACGGUACGUACUGGGAGGAUGGUGGUGACGGUGGUGGACGAUGCCGGCCGUGUCCGCACAGUCGGCAGGUAACGCUGCGUCUGGGCGCAACUGCGGUCAGCGAGUGCGUCUGCCCGCACGGUUACCAGGCGAACGAGGAUGGUCGGUGCGUGGCGGUGACGUGUGCCGAGCUGGUCGCACCCCCGAACGGUUACUUCGUGAUGGAACCGAAACCGUGUGGCCGGGUACUGAACGCAGCCUGCGGUGUCCGGUGUCGGCCCGGUUACGAGCUCUCCGGUAGCAGCAUCCGGCUGUGCCAAGAGAACGGCCUAUGGUCCGGUAUCGAGGCCAAGUGUACGCUGAAGAUGUGCCCACCGCUCAUCAUCCCGUACUACGGUAUGGCGGUGUGCUCGAACCCCGAUCUGGACCUGUACUACGACUACACGCCCCGGAACAAGACGUUCAUGCGCAACUACAGCAGCGCGGUCGAGCGCUACACCGAGCGGAUGCCCAUCGACACCGAAUGCUCGUUCAAGUGCGGACCGGGCUACUACCUGAAGGGUUCCCACAACCGCAACUGCCUGCCGCUCUCCAAGUGGGACGGACUGCACACGACAUGCAAGCAGAUUGUGUGCCCGGCACUACCGGCAGUACCGUACGGGACGUACGAGCCAACGGAUUGCGCGACGUCCAAGUCCGCCUUCGGUACCAACUGCACGCUGGUGUGUGACUUCGGUUUUGAGAUGAAGGGCGGCCCGUCGACGAAACAGUGCGGUGGGCGACGGACGGGCGUAUGGAGCAAAUCGAAGACGCCACGGUGCGUCGACAUAGCGCCCCCAUUUCUCGAGUGUCCGGGCCCGUACGAGGUGCUGCUGGAGGACGACUAUCCGUACAGUGUGGUGCGCCGGUUACAGCCACCCUACGUCUACGACAACAGCGGUGACAACUUUACGUACUGGGUGCGGCCGGCCCUGCGCGAUGGCGGCACUCAACUGCCACUCGGUGAGCACGAGUUCACGUAUGUGGCGGUGGACGCGUUCAAGAAUAAGGCCCGCUGUAGCUUUCGCGUGACCGUCAUCGACCGGACACCGCCGGUGCUGGAGGGUUGCGGUGCGUCGGUCUGGCCCCACGCACCGGUCUACUACGUCAGCCGGCCGGACAACCCGCAGGAGACGCUGGUGCGCUGGGACGAACCGACCGUGUUCGACAACUCCGGGACGGCCGGUGUUACGAUGACGCAGAACGUGACGCACGGCUAUCUGGGGGUGGGGCUGCACACGGUGCUGUAUCGGGCCGUGGACGCCUCGGGCAACGAGGCCAACUGUACGGUGCGGGUGGAGGUGCGCCAGUACAGUUGCGAGACCGUACCGGAACCACCGAACGGGCUCGCCGUCUGUGCGCACAACGGGACGCACGUCUGGUGUGAGCUGAGCUGCCGGGAGGACUUUGCCUUUGCCCACGACCAGACCGCUGACACGGUACUGCUGGUGUGUGACCGGGCCCGCCCAUCCUGGAACGGUCUGCCUACCGAUCCCGAGCCCGAGUGCAGUGCGAUCGUGCGGCCACUCGGCGUCGAGAAGGUGCUGACACUGCAGCUGGAGCAACCGCUUCUCGGUCCGACGCUCUGCGAUGAUCCGGACGCCCUGGCCGACCUGUCCGAGGGCUUUGUCAGUGCUGGAUUGCGGGAUCAGCUGUGUGGUGAGCAGACGAACUGUACCCUGCUGACCCGGUUACCGGUGUGUGAGCUACCGGAAGCGGGCGGUGACGAGGCUACCCGCUAUCAUGUGGUCAAGCGCCGCAGUGCCGCGCAACCAGCGGACGAGCUGAUGCGGCAGCGCUCCACGGUCAAGCUGGUCGUGUACAAGCGGCUCUCGCAGGAGCUCGGUCUCUGGCGAAGUGAUGGCAAAAAGUCGGACAACAUCAAGCGCAUAAAGGAGGAGCUGAGGAAGGUGAGCGGGAAUGAGAAGCUGCGGCGGCGGCUCGGUGCACUCGAUCUCGACCUGAGCGUGCUGCGGCUCGACGAGUUGGUACGGUGCGCAAAUGGCAGCAUUUCCCGGAAGCUACAGUGCGUGCAUUGUCCGCGAGGCACGUACCACAACCACACGCUCGGUAACAGCUGCCAGAGCUGCCCGAUCGGUACGUACAACGAGCGAACGGGCCAAACGUCCUGUCAAGCAUGUCCGGUGCACCACUCCACCAGCCGGCCCAACGCCAAGCACGCGCACGACUGCAAACCCCAGUGUCCACCCGGGACGGUGGCCCGACUGAAACCGAUGGCCGCUCGUCGACGUUCCCCUGGUGGCGGACCACCACCCACCAAGUACCAAAAGACGCUGAUGCCGUUCUGCCGGAAGUGCGAACCGGGCUACUACCAGGCGCAGUACAACCGAGCCCAGUGCCAGGCGUGCCCGGUGGGGUAUGGUUCGGCGCGCGGUUCCACCGCGCCCACCGACUGCUUCCCGUUGGCGGGACCCCUAGAGCGGCGAGGCUGCGAAGGUGAGUGUAGCAACCACGGCCACUGCCAGGACGAACGUGACACCGACGGUGUUGGUUGCGUAUGCGACGAAGGGUACGUGGGGGAGCGGUGUGAGCUGUCGCUGAACCCGUGUGCUUCCGCACCCUGCCUGAACGGUGGUACCUGCGUAGCGGUCGCCGAUGGAACGGACUUUCACUGUCACUGCCGGCCACCGUACAUCGGUGGAUCGCACUGCGAGCUGUACGUGGAUCCGUGCCACGAGACCGGAGCACCGACGAUGGGCAACGAGUCCGCAACGUGGCAACAACAACCAUGCGCACGGAGUGGCGGCAUCUGUGUCGAGGUGGACGGUACCGCCGUUUGCGAGUGUCGGCCGGGCUACGAGGGGACACGGUGUGAGCGGCACCGGGACCACUGCACUCCCAACCCCUGCCUGCACGGUGGCGUGUGUGUGAACGCCGCCGACGGAUAUAGCUGUGUGUGCCGGGCCGGCAAGACGGGCCGCCGGUGCCAUCUGGAACCGUGCGACUACUUACCGUGCGCUGGCCGAGCACGCUGUCUGAACGGGCAACAGGAGAAUCGCGGACGAGGAGGAGAAGGGGGAGAAGCAGUGGACGAACCGGAACAGGUACGCUUUCGGGAGGCGGUUGCUCAACGCCAACAGCAGCAGCAGCAACUGCUGCUGACGGAGCAAUCAGACGAUGGCGAUGAUGAUGAGCUGCCUGCGGCACCAACCACCAGCCACCAGCACGCAGUGGGCACGCGUGACUACCGCUGUGUCUGUCCGGCGGGCUGGCGUGGUCCGAACUGUACGGAGGUGGACAAUCCGUGCGACGGGUACGCGAUGUGCCUCCAUGGCGGUACCUGUGUGGCGCUGAAGCUACGCCAUGUCAGCGACGACAACAACCCAGACGACGACAACGACGACGACGACCAAGAAAGGAAGGAAGAGAUGACCGAAGAGGCAGAGGAGGAGGCGUACCGGAUGGUCCGGUGCGCCUGCCAGCCCGAUUACACCGGCGAUCAGUGUGAGCAGCGCGUGGCCACCGACUUCCUGGUCGAUCUGAGUGAACCGGGCACCACCAGGGAGUUCGUGAAGCUGCGGCUUCGUUCCGGCAGCGGGAGUGAUGGUGGUUGGCGUGCGAUCGGGCUGUGCGGGUGGUUUGAGACGAACGAUAGUUUCAACUAUGGAACACUCGUAUCGUACGCAACGCGUUCCAGCGACAACACGCUCACACUGACCGACUACAGUGGGCUGGUGCUGUACGUGAACGGUCAGCACGCGGUCACCAACGUGACGCUCGUCGAUGGCGAGUGGCACUUUGUGUGCGUGAGCUGGAGCGGCCGGCACGGUCGCUGGCAGCUGUACCUCGAUGGGGAGGUACGGGCGGCUGGUGGCGCGUUGGCCACUGGUACCACCGUCCCCACCGGUGGUCUGCUCGUGCUCGGCCAGGAGCAGGACGUGGUCGGUGGUGCGUUCAGUGCCACCGAAGCCUACCGUGGCCGGAUCGCUUACGUGGAUGUGUGGAGCCGCGAGCUGACGGCGGCUGAGGUUGCCAGCUACUACCGUACCUGCGCCACCACUACCUAUCACGGUGAUAUCGUGCGCUGGACGGAUCUGCGGACAAGGGGCACCACGUCCGGUCGGGUGCGGUACGCGGCAUCCGGUUUCUGUCGCCAGUGUCCCCGCAACCUGUCGCUAUCGCACGGUUCCGUCACGUACGAUGGUAGCGGGCAGCAGGCCAGCUUCCGGUGCGGUGAAGGGUACGAGCUGAUCGGCCCUCCGGUCGCUCACUGUUUGCGCACGUCACGCUGGAACACCCGGGAGCAGCGUUACUGCAAGGUGGUCCGGUGUGGGGCACUGGCAGCCCCGCUAAAUGGCCGUGUCAGCUUCUCGAAGACCAGCUAUGGGGGUGUGGCCCAGUUCGGUUGCGACGUCGGCUUCCUGCUGGACGGCCCGGUGACGCUCCGGUGCACGGCUACGGGCACUUGGUCUGGCCCGGUACCGGCCUGCGUGAGCGUCAUCCGCUGCCCAGCACUCGUUAGCACCGCGACCCCCGCCCCCGUACGACCGAUCAUCAUCUACGCAACCGAGCGGGGUGUCCUUGGUGUGCCGGCCGACAGCUACGACGAGGGUGUGAUGGCGGAGGUGCGUUGCCCGGAAGGAUAUGAGCUGCCACCGGAUGCCGAGAACCUGCUGACGUGCGGUGACGGUGGCCAGUGGGAUCUACCGCUGCCCGAGUGUAAACCAACGACAACAACGCCAACGACGACCACAACGACGACGACGACGGUAGUGACACCCGUUAGCGUAGACACCAGCCAGCCGGAUGGGCGGUUUUGGAAAAACCUCCGGGACUACCUGCAGUACGGGUGCGAACACGUGGAAACGGACGGGCGGGCCCGGUCCCUGUUCUGUUUCCUCCCGGUGCCCGGCCCAACCGAUCCCGGUUGGCCAGAUUUGAGCGGAUUACCGGUGCUUUCGGCGUCCGCCCCCGUGCUGGAGGCGAAACUCCUUGCGCUGCUCGUACGAGCGAACGCCAACGGGGGCGAGAUGCAGGUGGCGCCGACCCCGCCGGUUCGGCCGGUUUACCUGCUCAACUACCUCCUGUACGGUGUGGCCGGACCGGUCGAUCGUGCCCUGCGCUAUCCGGAGUCGCUGGAGCACGGUUACCGCGCUGUCAUCUGUCGGUACAUCGACGCCAUCGUGCAGGAUGAGCGGGAGCAAACGUCACCCGGCAAGCAGGAGAAGGAGAAGGAGGAAGAGGAGGGAAGCGUCACGAGCGUCAAGCUCAAGGUGCUGCUGAUGAAGGCGUUUCGGCCAAUCUACGACCAGUAUCGGCGCUGGACGCACCCGCUGGUGCAACCAACGCCACCGGCACAGUCCGUAGGUCGACGUUGCCCGUUGCAGCAUCUACCCCGGCCACCGAUCGAUAGCCGGGUGGUGGGCGUCGAGUCACGCCAUCCAUCGUCCGGAUCGGGAUCGGGCAUCGGGUCCACGCCGGACGCCGGUUGGCAGUUCGAGCAGUUGCGGGCAAGCGGGGUCGCGGUCGAACCCGGCACACGCAUCCGGUACGGGUGCGAGCGGGGCUUCACGAUGCGUGGCCGCGGUACCAGCGAGUGCGGCCGGGAUGGCCGCUGGACCGCCCUGGAGGGUUUCUGCGAAGGCGCACUGUGCGAGGACCCACCGGCCCGCCCACUCAUGCGCAUCGCCCCCGGUUCGCUCGACACGCACUACUACGUUGACGACGAGCUGGAGUACCGGUGCGAACCGGGCCACAUCCUGCAGGGACAUCCGAUCGUCCGCUGCCAACCGAACGGCCGCUGGACGCCGAUUAUGGCACGCUGUGGCCGCAUUUCGUGUGGCCGGCCGGCCCUCCUGCCCACGGCACGGAUCAUCGGUGGCAACUCUUUCCAGUUCGGUGACUCGCUCCGGGUGCGCUGCGAUGCGGCGCGUACGAUCGACAUCACCUGCCAGGCUAGCGGCCAGUGGACUCCGUUCGGUGAGUGCUGAACCACUCCGUCUCCGUCUCCGGCAGGGUAGUUUAAAUUGUUGUGAACCAAUAAACAUAAUAAACCAAUUGUGCUUGUGGAUGCAUGGCCACGAUAGAAAUUUGCCACAAUAAAACAACCAUUCUUUGGCCGACAGGCGACUCUCAAACUACGCAUACCAACAGUGCGCGUGUGCUUUACAGCGAAUUCUUUCACCUUAACCGUGCGAUCGGUCACGAUAGU